CGUAUAUGAAGAGGCGUGGCAGCAAAGGGGAUCAUGGUACGAAAAGUACAUCCAUUCACUGCAUCUCCGCAGCCAGAAUUGGAGGGUCAAGCACGCUCUGCUCUGUGCGCGUUGGUGUGCGUGUUGCUCCUGCUGCGCCAACGCUGGCAUCCGGCAUCCGUCAGGACCAGCCUCGCGUAAUUUGGCCUCGAGUAGGCCGCAAAAUCCAGCGCUGGUCUGCUGAAAACCCUGAAAACCCUCGUCUCCCCGCCCUCGAACACCAAAUCCUCAACUUCACAGGCCUUUCAGCGAACCACCGACACCCCAAACCAUCAACCCUCACCGCAACAACACCUAUUCCAUCACAAUGGCCCGUCCCAAGAAGGCUGCCGAAGAGAAGCCCAAGGAGGGAGCAACGCUUUCAAUCGACGUCGACAGCUUUGUGCGCACCCGCGAUUCGCUUCAUAACAUUGAUCUCGAUGGCUACUACGUCUCGCAACAAACGCUAAUGUGGACAAAGGUCGUCACCGGUCUCGCGACUCUCCAGGAUGCCAUCCAGACACUCUCGAGCGCUUACAUCAAGCACACCAACGCGGUCCUCGGAGAGCACGGCGCAGGCCUCGAUGUUGAAUCGGCCCUUGCCAAGCUCGGCGAGAACCCUCUCCUCAAGCUUGGAGAAUUGAAUCGUGGCAUCAGUCCCGCGGGUAAGUUUCAUGCCGCCGGAGAUCCUGCUGCCAGCGGAAAGAAGGAGCGCAAGAAGAGGCAGCAUGACCCUAAUGCACCAAAACGUCCUUUGACUCCGUUCUUCCUCUACAUGCAGACGGCCCGCCCGAUCAUUGCCAACGACCUCGGAGCUGAAGCUGCCAAAGGAGCUGUCAGUGAUGAGGGAACGAGACGGUGGGGCACCAUGGCCGCGGAGGACAAGCAACUCUGGACCAACGCCUACAAAGACAAUCUCCGCCUCUACAACGCCCGCAUGCACUCUUACAAGGCAGGCAAUGGGCUGGCCAAGGAAAUGAGUGAUGAUGAUGCGCUCAUCUACGCCGACGAACAUAAUAUCAGCGUUGAGAACACCGCAGAUGCCCAACUGGCAGGCGAGUCCGCUGCUGCUCUUCAUGAUGAAGAUGCAGAAGGCGAGCCAGACAAGGAGCCUACUCCACCACCCAGGACUCCAAAAGCUAAGGGUGGGCGUAAAGGAAAGGCCACCCCAGCAACUGCCCCAGAGAGCAUCGUCCCCCCAGCAAGCUCAAGCAUUGUCCCUCCCAAGCCGGUAGAGAAGGAGAAGAGCCCCGACAAGAAGAGAAAGCGAGCCAGCAAGAAGUCAGACGAGCCUACCCCUACCAUCGAGAAGGAGGACCUGGCAGUUGAGACACCCAAGAGCGCCCCCAAGCCAAGGAAGAAGAAGGCCAAGGGAGAGUAAGCUUGUUGAUUUCUGCCUCGGCACCUGACUGAUGUUAUUACGAUUGGGCUCUGCCGGAAGAUGAGGGUUGUUCGUAGUCUCUUGCUUUUUGCUUGGCCUUUCACGGCGGAAAAUACAUGAUUGAUGGAUGGGCUUGAUCGUUGCUUUACUGUUGGACUUGGACUUGUAUGAAUGGAUGGACAGGAUGGAUGGACCUUGGCUUUAUACUGGACGGUUUGCUCUCAGUUUAUAGCUGGUAGCGCAUAUGUUUGAUCAAUCAAUUUCCUUGCAUUCCA